CGCGCGUGUGUUUAGUAGCAGAUUAGCCAUAACUCCUGUUUACACGUGGCAAAACGUGAAGCAUGUGAUUAUGGUGAUUACUAUCAAGUAUUCGAUAAAGUGCCAUUCAUAAACGUUAUAUAUUUAAAUUCUCAAAUAGAAAUCGAAGCAAAAUAUAAGAUGGGCAAGAAUAAGAAAACUCGAAAAGUAAUAAUGCAGAGAUUUGCUCAAAUGAAAAAAAUGAUUAGUCCGAGCGAUCCUAGAAUUAAGAGCGAAAAACGUGCUCCUCCUAAAAAGCAGAAACCCGAAGAUCCAAGAGAAAUAAAAAUCAAAGAAGUGCCGCAACAAUCUUCUGCGCUCUUCUUCGAAUAUAAUGAACAAUUGGGACCACCAUAUCACAUUUUAUUGGAUACAAAUUUUAUUAACUUUUCAAUAAAGAAUAAAUUAGAUAUUAUACAGAAUAUGAUGGAAUGCCUCUACGCAAAGUGUAUUCCUUAUGUCACAGACUGUGUGGUUGGUGAAUUAGAGAAAUUAGGACAAAAAUAUAAGGUGGCUUUAAAAAUUAUAAAAGACUCUAGAUUUGAAAGAAUUCCCUGUAUGCAUAAAGGCACGUACGCCGAUGACUGUCUUGUUAAUAGAGUUACUCAGCACAAAUGUUAUAUAGUGGCGACAAACGAUAAAGAUCUAAAACGCAGAAUCCGCAAGAUUCCAGGUGUACCCAUUAUGUAUGUAUCACAACAUCGGUACACAAUUGAAAGGAUGCCCGAUGCUUACGGAGCGCCGAAAACGUAAAUUUAAGAGAGCCGGUGUGGCCAAUUACAGAUCGUAUACGUCUGCGCUAUCGUAUAUUUUGUUACA